AAUUGCAUGGGAGGGGUUAUGAGGUUGUAAAAGAGUAUGAUGUACGGAACAGGCAGCAUUAUACAGUCCUUCCAACUGCUGCACUGAGGACACACAGACCUAGAGCAAUGGCUUCUUCCAGCAGCUCCCAGGGUGCAGAACAGUGUCUGUGUUCAAUAUGUCAGGAUUUCUUCACUGACCCAGCAACCAUUCCGUGCGGACACAACUUCUGCAUGGACUGUAUCAGUCAACACUGGGACAGCAGUAUGGAGACUCGAUGCCCUCUUUGCAAGAAAGACUUUCACUUGAGACCAGAUCUUGGCAUCAAUAGAGAGUUCAGAGAUCUCAUUGAACGACUGAAAAGGGUAGAAAGUCCUGUCCAACCUGGAGUAAUACCAUGUGAUGCCUGUACAAAAAUAAAGAGAGGUGCUUUGAAGACUUGCCUGCAUUGCGAAGGAUCGUUCUGUAAAACACACCUAGAGCCUCAUAACACUGUUGCAAAACUAAAGAUACACAAACUUAUCAACCCUGUGGAGAAUCUGGAGAAUUAUAUAUGCCCAAAGCAUGAGAGACCCCUGGAGCUGUUCUGCAGAGAUGAUCAGAUGUGUGUGUGCCUGUCGUGUAUAGAUGUACACAAAAACCACAAAACUGUUCCUGUAGAGGAAGAGAGUGAAGAACGGAAGUCUCAGUUUGGGAGAAAGCAGGCUGAGGUUCAUUUGAUGAUUCAGAGCAGAAUGAAGAAAAUUGAAGAAAUCAAAUGCUCAGUACAGCUCAGCAAGCAAAGCUCAGAAAAAGAGAAAGCAGACUGUGUUGAGCUGUUCACGGAUCUGAUCCGCUCCAUUGAGAGAUGUCAGUCUGAGCUGCUGGAGGUGAUGGAGCAGAAGCAGAAAGCAGCAGAGAAACAGGCUGAAGAGCUCAUUAAAGAAUUAGAGCAGGAGAUCACUGAGCUGAAGAGGAGAAACACUGAGCUGGAGCAGCUCUCACACACUGAGGAUCACCUGCACCUCCUACAGAUUUAUCCAUCCCUGUGCAGCCCGUUAGACACCAAGAUCUGGACUGGGAUCAGUACUGACACUAAUCUGAGGGAGGACGCUCUGAGGAGAGCUCUAACAAAGCAUCAAGAAUUUCUCAGUGGUGCAAUGGUGAAGAUUACAGGAACUGAGCUAAGGAGGAUUGAGAAGUUUACAGUGAAUGUGACUGUGGAUCCUGAAACAGCACACCCAAAACUCCUCUUGUCUGAGGAUGACAAACAAGUUGGAUAUGGAGAAACACGACAGAUUGUCCUAGACAAUCCAUGGAGGUUUGAUAAAUGUCCCAGUGUCCUGGGGAAGGAGGGAUUCUCCUCUGGGAAAUUUUAUUUUGAGGUGCAGGUAGAAGGGAAAACUGAGUGGGAUUUAGGUGUGGCGAGAGAGUCUGUUAACAGGAAGGGAAUAAUCACUCUGAGUCCAAGGAAUGGACUCUGGACUCUGUGGUUGAGGAAUGGAAGUGAGUACAAGGCCUGUGAUUGUCUGUCUGUCUCUCUCUCUCUGAAAGUGAAGCCACAGAAGGUGGGCGUGUUUGUGGAUUAUGAGGAGGGUCUGGUCUCCUUUUAUGAUGUGGAGUCCAGGUCUCAUAUCUACUCUUUCACUGAUGACACAUGAAGCCAGCAAAGAGUUGGAUGGAUAUCUGGCCUGUGUUUCAGACACCAGAGAGUCUCUGUUCAUGUUCCCUGCUAUUUGCAGCCUCUCUAUCAAGACUAAUACACCUCUUCCUGCAUCACCUGCCUGUGAGAGGCUUUUCAGCACUGCAGGAUUGCUUUUCAGCCCCAAAAGAGGCUUGACACACAAUUUUGAAAAUCAGCUUCUGCUCAAGUUAAAUCUGAGGUUUUACAACUUUGAGUAGCAUGUUGCAUACUGGCAUUAGUUCGUAGUCUUACAGUUUAAUUAAAUACAAUUAUACAAACAGUUCUAAAGCAGGAUAAAACCUUGUAUGUGGUUCAUUCGCUUUUUAGAGAUUAAAAACUUAAACAAGAAUCUCUAGCUGUUAUUUUUGCUUUUUUAAUACUCAAGUAUAAUUUUAAUGGUACUUUUUAACUUUUACUCAAGUAUGAUUCUGGCCAGAUACUUUUAAUUGAGUAAAAUUUUCGCAAACAAAAUCUUACUGUGAUUUUCUCACAGUUUUAGAGUAAAACAUGUUUUGGAAAAUAUAUCAAGCAUUCAAGAUUUAUGACCGUUUAAGUUGGAAAUGUAAUUUUCAGGUAUAUGCUCAAAAAGUGAUUAAUACGGAAUAAAUGGAUCAUAACUUUUUCAUAAAUAUAAUUUAGUUCCAUAAAAUCAUCAUUACUCUAAAACUGUGAGAAAAUCACAGUAAGAUUUUUUUCAGUAAGAUUUUGUUUGGGUGCAGUACCAAACGUUUCCACUAGAUGAAAUUAACUUCCCAUUCGUUUCCAAUUGGGUC